UGAUAAUAAUAAUGAUAAUAAUAAUGAUAAUAAUAAUACAACAAGAACAAUAAUAUUAAAAACAAGAGGAAGAAGAAAGAAGGACCUGGCCGCGGCGGCGCGCUAGGCGGGCGAUGAUGAUAAGAGGAGGCGGAAACUGGAGCCAGAGGAGCUGGGCCGCGGGGGCCACCCGGCGACGACGGCGUCCAGACCGAAAAUGGAGGUGGAGGAGGACGACUGGUUGCCGCCCCCGGCGGGCGACUCCGACGGCGAGGAGAUGGAGCUGAGUGGCGAGGUGCUCGGCCUGCGCUUCGAGGAGCCCUUCGAGCAGAUGGUGCAAGUCCUGGUGAAGGCCCAGGCUCUGGAGAAGAGGACGGCUCGGCAGAGGUUCCCAGCUUUGCCGCAGUGGAUGUUCACCGGCGAUGGGCAGCUCAUGGGUGCUGUACCCGAGUGGAGUCACAUGGAGGGUGUGUGGUCUGUCCGGCUGGGCUCCCGCAUGCUGACGAAACUGCAUCGGGCUGCGUACGUGUAGACUUUCAGGGAGAUCGCGACGAAGCCGUUCUGGUUCCCAGGAGCGGCAGGGCCAGAGGCGCGGGGCUCCACGUCUUCGAUCCAAUGGUGGGCAGCACGAUGAUCUCGUGCAUGCCGAAGUAACUGUUCAUUUUGUUCGGUGUCUACAGAGGCAGGCGGCCGACAGAGUGGUCAGUGAGGAAGUGGCCACUGUGGGGCUGGUCAUCUUCUGCAUCGUGAUGCUACUCGGAGCUGUCAGUGCGCCCCGGUGCUGUGCCAGUUCCUUAUCCGUCUGAGUUCUCGGCUUCGCAGCUCGGCGCUCGCGUUGGUUCCAGGGCAUGUGCCCCAAUUUCGUGCCAGUCGCUAUCCAAGAAAUGUUUCAGCGUGAAGCAGGAUGUUUCACUGCCAUGUUCCGGCGCAAGGCGAUCCUUCAUUGGUACACAUGGGAGGUCAUGGACGAGAUGGAGUUCACCGAGGCCGAGAGUAAUAUGAACGACGUGGUUUCCGAGUGCCAGCAGUGCCAGGACGCCGCCGCCGAAGAGGAUGGCGAGCAGUGAUGGCGUCACUGUCUCGCUGUGGCCAGCCUCCGAGGUCGGGCAACGGAUGUGUGAGCAAAUCAGUGCUGAUGAGCCGUCGGCCAAGUGCAUGUCUAUGCAUGUUAAGUCGCCGUUUCCCCGCUCGCCGCGAGAAUUCGCCUGGAGCUCGGACGGCCAGACUGCUGGACGGUCUUCCCCAUAUACGAAC